CGCGCGCGCGUCGCACCUCGCGCUCGCACGCCACUCCGCGCGUCGAUCGCUCGCGCACGCGCGCGUCUCCUCGACGAUCCCUGAUUUCGCGCUCGCGUCCGGUCGCACGGCGCGCGUCCGUCCCGUCCGAACGCGCGGCGCUCGACGCGGGGAGAGCCGAGCGAAAAGAAGUCAGCGCGAGAUCUGCUGACCGCUCGACGCUCGCGCGAGGAACUCGGCGACGAUGGCGACCAUCCAGGCGAUGGCGAGCGUGACGGCGUCGACGAUGAAGACGUCCAUGAAGGCGUCCAUGCAGCAGUACCGCGAGAAGCGCGCGGAAUUGCAGGGGAACGUGGACUGGGAGGACUACAACUACCCGCCGCUGAUCAAGGUGAUCCACUUUCACCUCGGCGACGUCGAGGACGACGCGUCGAGGAAAGCCGUGAGGGUCGCGCACUGGAACUACAUCAUGUCGACCGCGACGUUUUUCGUAAACUUUUUAGGGAACUUCGUCCUCGCGUGCGGCGGCGUUCAGUGGAAGGUCCUUCACGUGUUCUACUCCCUGUUCAACCUGAUCAUCUACUCCAUCGUCGGGAUGUAUUCGUUCUACAACGGGUACAAAGGCCUCGCGACGCAGAACGGCCGGAUGACGACGUAUUACGUGAUCAUACAAGCCUUGUCCGUGAUCUUUUUCUUCGCCGCUUCGAUCGCGUCGGGGGCGAAUUACAACGGAUGGACGAACGUCUCGAAGGCUGAGGCCGAGGACGACCGGGAAAUGAGCGACUUUUGGGUGGGGUGGACGUACUUCGAGUCGUUGCUGUGGACCGUGGACUACAUCAUGGGCGGGCUCGCGUUGUAUUGGGUGUUCAAGAACCGAAAGGAUCGGUUCGGAAACGGCGGGCUCUUGGGUCGCGGGCAGCGCGGGUAACGCGAUCGCGAGCGAUCGCGCGAUCGCGGCGAGGCGUAGGCGUGUGAUGUGAUUAAACAUCGGUGAGUU